UUUUAUGGGGACUGUAACUGCAGUGCAAAUAGUUAAAAAAGAGAGAGAGGUUGUUAUUCGUGUUUAGUUGUGACUGAAAGAUGUGGAAUGCGUUUGGAAAUGGAUCAAGCGGGUAUGUGAGCAAGGCGCAAGGCUGGGAGUUCGUCCCGUGUCCUCGACUAGAGAGGCCCGGUAAGAAGGUCCAGAGUCCCGCCCGGGUUCGUUCGUUCCCGAGCAACCUUCUGGAGCAGCUUCCACCUGGAUCAUCCGAUGCGCCUCGCGCACAGACCCCGAGUCACGAGCACAGUCCACACACACGCCUUAAAAAGAAACUCGAGGACUUAAAAAAGCGCUACGAUCACGAGAAAGAGGAGUGGAGGAUGGAGAAGGAAAUGCUUUUGAGACAAGUUGCCGAUAUUCAAGGUGGAGAAAACAGAAGGAUAUUGUUGGACCUGAAGUGUGUUUUAGAGGAGGUGCAGUCGGGGGUGAAGCGUGAGGAAAGUAGACGGGGUGAGCUGGAACUGCAGAACAUUAAGGAUCGAUGCGCGUGGGAAGUGGAGCGAUCAGAGCUGAAGAGGCGCAUUACUCAGCUAGAAGCGCGGGGAUGUGGCUUGUUGGGGGAGACUGUGAGGAGUAAUGAACUAGGGGACACUCUGAAGCGGGAAAGAGCGGAACAAAAGAGGCUUCUGGCAGACACUCACAGCGCAGCGAUGGACCUCCGCUGCAGGCUGGACAGCAGCGAGAAGGGCUGGGUGAAGGAAAAAUCUGAGCUGCUGGAACGCUUUGAGGCUGAGAGGAAGGAGUGGGAGAACCAGCUCAUGGACAUGCAGCGGAAGAUUGAGGAGUUGUACAAUGAAGUGAAGGCUCACCGCACAGGAUGUUCUCUCAGACCAAUUACUGAUGGACAAAAUGCACUAAGGAUCAGCUCAUGUUCUGUCAGCACUUUGUCAAGUGAAGUAACCUAUCCCUCAGAUGCCCAGAGCAAUGAAUAUUCUGAGGCUCUAACCCAGCAAAGCAAUGCAAGCAUCGACUCCCAAACAAGUCAACUCAGUCACAUCACCAGUGAAUCCAGUGACCAGUGCAGCGAUCAAAGCAAACUAUUAAAUCAGCAAAGUACUGGUGAACAAAAGGCUAUAGACACUGCAGAGCUGGAAGAAAUCCUGGAAACCUGUUUAAAAUUGAAAAUGGAGAACAAGUCCUGCUUCGUUGGACAAGACGACCUCCUUAACCCUUUCAAACGAUUUCAGAGCAUGGAAAUAACAUGUGGAAGUGACAAAAAGAAGAACAAUACUGCCCUUAAUGCGGCACUUAAAGAAAUUGCCCGUGUGAGUGAAGAACUCUGUAGCUACCAGGAUGAAAUGAGGAAGCUGCCUGAUAUUAAGAGAAGCCGCAGUGAGUCAAUGGUUUUUCCAAGAAGGGCUGAGUUGGUGGAGAGGGUAAAGGAUAAUUUGGAAAUGGAGGAUACAGUUUUGUACUUGAAAAACAUGAGUGAAGACCUUAAAUCCCUUGAUGAGCAAUACUGGAUGAGCUGGGAAAGUUGUAACGUGGAAUCACAGCAAAGGGAUGCGAAGCCACCAGACAACAUAAGACAACAAGCCCCUCCCAUACCAGCCCGUAGUACAUCUUGGUACAUUAGCAGUCCUUCAGCUUCAGAAUUAGAGUCCAGUGGUACAGAGGAAUUGUGUCAACGGCCAGGAACCCAUCCUGAGAGAAAGUACACCAGCCCCGCAAUUGUACGAAAAUUUGAGGCAAUGCUUCAAGAAAACGAGGGGAAAAUUCUGACCGACUCUGGGAAUGUUUCCUGCAGCGAUCCUGUUGAUUCCAAGUGCAAUAUCAGUUGCUGCCAGAGCCGCUGGUCCUGUGAUGGAAGUAGAUUCGCCAGCAACAACUCAUCCAGACAUGUACCUGUUAAAAGAUGUCUUUCCAACAUUGACAUUGCAGCUGAAGCCACUGAUUGCAGUCUAAACCAAACAGAUGCUGUGUGCAAAAACGAUCUCAAGAGUGCAUCUCAUCCCAUGAACAUGCCUACAGAUUCUGUUGCAUCAAUAGACUUAAUUUCGCCAUAUCCCGGCGCUACAGCUACUCCCAGAAAUGAGAGACUUGAGCAGAAAACUGCAGAGUUAAACCGUACACUCUUCCAGGCAGGAAUGGGUCUUCGGUGUGAUGGAGAACAAUCAGUAGAAACAUUCAUAGAAAUGUCCUCAAGUCUACCAGAGGUCAUAUCUAAGGACACAUUUACAGAGAGCCCAUCAAUGUAUGUUGAAGACAAUUUAAAGGUUGUGCUCUCGGAUCUUGUGCCGAAGGAGGAGGGAAGAACGAAGGAAACAAAGGACCUUGUCUCUAAGUCUUCAUCUCCAAAGCAGGAAUGUAUUCUACAAAAAGACGUUGAAGUUAAACCUUUCCAGACUGAACACACCACACCAACUUCAGUUGACCAACUUGGCCCAAGUGUUGGAGAAACAUGCUUUGAAAUUAGCGUAAGUCCACCACAGCAGCAAAUUCAGAUGGAAAGGUGCAGCAAAGUUGUGGAUGUUAGUACAGAUCAACAUCAAGCAGUCAAAAAAUCCAAACAGGCCAAAAAGGACAUGUGUAGCACCAGAUCUCGGAUUUUAGAAGAAAAUCCAUGGAAGCCCUCGACAUUAGCAGCCUAUCCUCGUCCAAUGGAGUCUAGGUCCAACUAUGGAGCUGUUGAGAGGAUUCUCAAAUGUUACGAGGAUUUGGAGAGAUCUCAGGAGCAGAAGCAGUCACAGCCCAGUCCAGGGAAGGAAGAAGACCUCAUGGACCUCUUGGAAAUGUUGGAUAUGCAACAUGAGCCCAGAUCCAGUCAGAGACUAACGCACACACCGCACCACCAGGUCAUAGCCCACAAAGAGACACAUGUAACAGUGCAGCAAGGCAAAGAGUCCUCUGUAACUAUCAAGAAGAGCUUUUCACGACCCGUGUGUCCUGCAAAGAGGCGUUUGCCCUCUCGUUGGGCUAGCCGCUCGCCCGUCUCAUCUGCCUCGUCUCCCUCACCCCCACCCACAGUCUUCACCCAGAGACAAACACUCGCCUACCACACCUUUCACACAGAGACCGUGAUCUAAAUCUGCGGUAGAUACAGUCCAAUGCCUGUGUAAAUAAACACUGUGACUGUUCAAAUGUUGUGUACAUUUCUGUAACCAUGAAAUCUAACUGCCUUUUUCAUUCUUUUGUUUACAUUUUAUUUCUACCAGAGUGACUUAAAAGUUCACAAAUGAUGUUUUCUGUUUUUAUAAACCAGUCUCUUAUAUUGUAUAGCUGCCAAUGUAGACCUGUUUUCUGUCUAUGCUUCACAUGUGGCCUCGUGUGUGUGUGUGUGUGUGUGUGUGUGAGGUCUGAUGUCUGAUUGAUAAUAUCAAAGCCUGUUUCACAUCAAAUCCCUUGUUAUACCUUUACCAACCUUAACCAAAAUGACUCGUUAUUAUAGAAACAAAUGGAUUCUACACUUAGUUUAAGUGCUAAUCUGAUGUGAGACAUAUCAUUUAGACAAUGCCUUUGCAGUUCUUUUUCUUAAUUAUUAUACCAAGUGUAUUGAGCAUUUAUACAAAUAAAUACAAUAUUGACACUCA